AAGUCUGGUGUCAAGUUUCCUGUAGACGCUCUCUCUGCAUUACUCUGUAUUACUCUGUGAAGAUGGCCUCGGCACUGUCUCCUCUGGAGGAAGACCUGACCUGUCCUGUGUGCUGCGAGAUCUUCUCCGAGCCGGUUCUUCUGUCCUGUAGCCACAGCUUCUGCAGGGAGUGUUUGCAGAAAAGCUGGAAGGGUCGGGAGGACAGAGAGUGUCCUGUCUGCAGGAGGAGGACGGACGGUACGGACCCCCCGCUGAACCUGGCUCUGAAGAACGCUUGUGAGUUCGUGGUGAAGCAGAGAAGUGCUGGAGCUCCCACAGCUCCCACAGCAGAGCAGGAUCAGUGUCCAGUUCACUCAGGGAAGCUCCAGCUCUUCUGUGUGGAUGAUCAGCAGCUGGUGUGUGUGGAGUGUGUGGCCGGGGAACAUCAACGCCACAACUUCUGCUCCAUCAGCAAAGUGGCCGAGGAACGGCGGGAGGAACUCCAGAUCAAACAAAAGGCUCUACAGCUGAAACUGAAUUCGGUUAAAAGAGCUAAAAACACCUACAGCCAGCACUUUCAGUCUCAGGUCCAGCAGACAGAAGAUCAGAUCAGGGAGGAGUUUGAGGAGCUCCAUCAGUUCCUCAGAGAGGAGGAGAAAGAAAGGAUCACUGCACUGAGAGAGGAGGAGGAGAAGAAGAGGAAGAAGCUGAAAAAGAAGACUGCAGAGAUGGAGAGCAUGAUUGAAUCUCUCACUGAGAAGAUUGAGGUGCUGAAGGAUGGAUUAGGUUCUGAGGAUGUUGCUUUUAUGACGAAAUACACAGAAGCAAAGAAAAGUGCUGAGUACACAGUUCCAGAACCACAGCUGGAUUCAGGAGCUCUGAUUGACGUGGCCAAACAUGUGGGAAACCUGAGAUACAGAGUGUGGGAGAAGAUGAAGGACCUCUGUCCUUACUUUCCAGUGAUUUUGGAUCCGAAUUCAGCCAAUAAGAGCCUCACCUUGUCUGAAGACCUGAGCCGACUCGUACCAGGAGCUCCACUGAAGGCUCUACCCAACAACCCUGAGAGGUUUACUGAUCAGACAGCAGUCUUUGGCUCUGAGGGAUUCACCUCCGGAGUCCACAGCUGGGUGGUGGAGCUUGGAGAGAAUAAGUGCUGGAAAAUAGGAGUGGCCAAAAAGUCCGCGAAACAAAAACUUUUUUCUGCUAAACCCAAGAAGGAAAUCUGGGCCAUAUCUUUGCAGCAAGGACAGUAUUCAUGGCCCAAGGACUGUAAUCCAUGGUCCAUUUUUAUAUUUCAGAAAAUUCAUGUUCAGCUGGAUUGUGAUGAGCAAGAGGUGACAUUUUUUAACAACUUCCACAUGAAAAUCGCUGUGAUGUCCGUCAAGGCCACAGAAAAGGUUUAUCCAUUUUUCUGUACUUCAAGUGAAGACGCUCUCAAGAUCCAGCCAUCCAAGGUGAUUGUGGAAAAAAAGUGAACAGGGAUUAAUUUUUAUCACUGAAAGAUGUUGCGUGUGCGUGAAUUAAAUUGUAUUUUUGUCAUGGAAAAUUUUAGUUAAGAUGUCUGGAGUUUCCACCUUUGGCUGGGAAAAAAAUAAUAAAUUAGAAUAAAUUUUCUACAACCCUUCUACCUGUUUGACUUCUACAUUGACUGGGAGACGAUAUUCUCAAUCCUUCAUGCAGAAUUCUUUCAGUUUUACGAUUUGUAAAUUCCACUUUUUGUACAGAUGGUCUCACAUUUUCUCAAGCAUUCUCUGGUAAAAUAAAGAGUUAAUACUAGUUUAUUCUUGGGUGGGAAUUUUCUUCCAUUCU